AUGUCACACGAUGGUAAUUCAAAUAGCUACAAAGAUCAUGGUGACAAAGUGACAGAAUCAGAUGAAACGACAAUCAAGAAAGCUAGAACCGAGGUUUCGGAGCCUCUUUCGAUAGAUAGCACGUUAAAUGCCGAACCAAGUGGACGUCCGUUGCCGAUGUUUGUGGCUGGUAAGACUUUCGUUGUUUUGUUGUUGUUUUAGGUUAGGUAUUUUGGACUUGACAAUCAUAUAGAAAAUCUGUUAUUAAAUUUACGAAAAAGUCGCUAAAUCAAAAGAAAUUUUGUUUUCAGGCGCUUCUCCCCACAAAUACCUAACGCUAGAUCAGUUCAAGGAGUUUCAGCAGAUGAAUAAUGAAUUGAAGAAUAUGGCUAUAGCUCAUGAGAUUGUACUUGAUCCAAACUUUACAGUAGAGACACUAAAAGAGAAGUCUUCGACAAACCUGUCGAAAAAGGUUGAGGAAAUGGGGCGAAAAGCUUUUUAUGACAUUCUACGUGAAAAGUUGGCUCAAGAUCCUCCAAAUUAUCAGCCGUUCUUCUCAUUAUACUCGGAGCUGAAAGAUUUGGCAUUAGAAGCAACUACUCCAAGUUCCGCUAAAAUAUUUGACACAUUUGAUCCGGAUGAGCCUGUGAGGUGGGUUUCUGGGAUUUUCAAUCUUUCUUUAACAUUUCAUAUAGACUUUUAAUUUGAUUUUAUUUUGGGUAAUAAUAUGUAUUAUUUUUUCAAUUUUAGGCAACAACAACAAAACUGUUUGGACUUUGUCGGUCUUGUAAACGAAUUUGUAGCGAAGCUAGGCAAGAUCUGUGCUCCAAUUCGAGAUUCUGAGGUUUUGAAGUUGAAGAAAGAAACAAAUUUGGUCGACUUGUUCAUGCACGUUUUUAUUUGUGUCAUUUAAUUUGAACUUUGGAUCAAACUCAAUGUUUUAUAUUAUCAUAGGUUGUUUUGGGGAUGUACAUGAUAUUGGUUUAAGUAAAUGAAUUUUAGUAUAAGUAAAUGAAUUUUAGGGGUGUACAUAAAUUGAUAGAUGAAAUGAAGAAUGACAUGUUGAACUACACGGUCAAGGCCAACAGGCAUCAAAUUUUACAACAUUCUGUUCAAAUGGAAUCUCAGAAGUUUUUAAAAUUACUCAAAUUUUCACCUCGUAAGUUGUAUUGAAUUUAAAAUUUUUUGUGGAUAAAAAUUUAAAUUCAGAUUUAAAAACUAAUUUUAGUUUAAAGAAGUAUCUAAAAAACGUAUUUUCAGACUUAGCAAACGAAACGCGAGGCUGGUUAGCGGAAUCUGUUGAAGAAUAUCAGUCGAAACAGACAGAUGACAACAAAUUGCCAGAGAAGAUCAACAAGAAACACCUGAAUAAGAUUUUAGCCAUUGGUUAUGCUAGGCUUUUGGAUGGGAAACGAAAAGGCGACCAAUUUCCGGAAACACUAAAAUACGACAUUUUGAGGGUGGAGAAGUUGAUGAAGGAAAAAUUCAAGCUGUCGAUUUGUUUGACCUCAGUUUUCAUCGCUUCGAAUCUGGCUGGAAAGAAAGUUUGCGAAGAGACGGAUUUUAAAGUUAGAUUGAAGAACAACUUGUUGGCUUUGUUGGUAGAUUUGGAUGAAGGGUAGGUUUUGACGAAGGUGGACACGAUUUUUAGAAUUUUCAACGCUUUUUGAAUUAUAUUGAUGUAAAGGUGAAAAAGGGGCAUUGAAGUUGAUUUUUCUCAAUGGUUUGUCGGGGAUGGGAUGGUGGGCUAACGAUGGCAUAUCUAUUUUUGAAAUUUGAAAGUUUUUUAGAAUGAGAAUGAACUUUUUUGAGAAACUUUGUUUUUGAGCUCAGAAAACAUUUUUAAAUGACGUUUGCUAGCUUUAUUGUAUGUCUAUUUGAGUGACACGUUUGGUCAAAGAGAAGAAAUUGUGAGACAUAGUGUAAAAGUUAUAUAAAAUUUGAAUUUUAUUGGACACUUUUGGCGUUUUCUUUGUUAGUUAACUAUCACAUUUUGUUUCAAGAUUUUUGGCCUUGAUUAUGAUUUUAUAUUUAGUUGAUAUUGUAGUAUUUUGUUUACUUUUAGGUCCCUUAAAGAAUCAUUAGAGAGGGUGUAUUUGGAAUGUAAUAAACAAAUAACAACAUCAUUAGAAGAUACAUGGAACGAAAACUUCUCAGCUUUGCUGAAGCGUCAGAUUGCAGCGGUCGAAAGCGAAAACAAUUCAGUCAGACGGCUGGUUGGUAAGUUUUUAUUUAAAAUUAUGCUUCACAUCUUUUUUUGGAUUUUUUUUACUUUUAGUGAAGACCGUUUUUAGCUUGUUUCAAUUUUUGGAUACCACUUUUAUUAUGAAAUACUUUAGAUGAUCGCAUGUUGACCAUCAUCAGCACCAUUCUUCAAGGCCCCGAAUCCAUGAAGAACAACGGCUCCAAACUGCCACCCGGCUUAAGUGUAAUCGAAGCGGAACUCGUCCACUUGAUUAGCCAGUAUUUGCCCGUGACCUUUCACAAUUCUCGAAGUUUUGCCCAGUUUUAUAUUCAAACUAUCAACGAACAUUUGAAAUCGCAAAAUCCUCACAAUCCGUCGACGUCGCAGUAG